UCCUUCCCAGCAGGCAUUGCUGCAGCAAGACCAAUUUUGUUUUGGUUCUUCUCUCUCCAAUGUCCUGUUUUGUUUGUUUCCCCCCUCUCUCCCAUUCCUCUCCUCCUCCCCUCGUCGCGAGGAAGUUCAGACGACCCGAAUGCCGCCGCUCAAGUGACGCGCUCUGAAAAAACGGAGGAAGGGGAGGAAGGAAAAAAAUCCUCAAUCGACAGCAGCAGCCCGGCGUGCCCUUGCCCGGGCUUGCGGCGGUAUGGAGAGAGAGAGAGAGGGCUGGCGGGCGAGUGGGCGGGCGAGCGGGCGGGCGGGCGACACACGUCUCGGGACGCGGUGAGGACGCCCUGAAGUGAAAUCUGUCGAUCUGGUGCUCGCCGAAUCGUGACGACAGCGGGGACUUGGGAUUCGGCACCGCCGCCAACGCCGCCGCGGUUUGGACGGCAUCGCCAAAACCAGGCAUCGGCGCCGGUUUGGCUCGGCGCGGGCCUCGUUCAUGACGUGCCCACGCCCCUCCACCACCACAUCCACCUCCACCGCCACUUCCACCACCUCCACCGGCGACGUGCCUGGGCACCCACCAAUGACCCCUGACCUCCCGUGACCUUCCUGGCACCGCACCCAGCAGACAUGCAGCAAAGCCGCGUCGUUCGCCCAGCGGUGGUGACCCUCGACCCCCCGCCCGCACGGCACCACCACGGCUCUGACCCCGCCUCGUCGCUUCUGCCGCCAGCGCCGGCGACCCGGCAGCCCGGAGAAGAGUCGUCCCGGGCCUCCGCUGGGCCCUCCCCCGUGAGGCCGGGCGGCGGCGGGGAGGAGGAGGAGGACGGGGGCGGCGACGUCGAUUCGCCGCAGGACCUCAGCCGCAAGGACGGCGUCAGCGCCCCGGCGGCAGAGCGGCGGUACGAGUGCCGGCACUGCCACCUGGCAACGUGCGACCUGGCGGUGUUCAGCGCCCACGUGGACGCGGCCCAUCCGGGCGUGCUCGCCAACCCGCUGUACGUGUGCCGCGCGUGCCGCUUCCGCUCGUCCCUGCGCAGCGAGUUCGACGCGCACAACCGCCGCCGCCACCGCAGCCUCGGCCGCAUGAAGCUGAGGAUCACCAAGAUGCCCGACCGGACCGUGCUGGAGCAGAGCCCCGUGGGGCGGGCGUUGGACGUCGGCGGCGAGGACGGCGACGACUGCAAACGCCGUUCCGCGGAGACGUCCCCGGCAACCCCCGCGGUCGUUCGGCCGAGCGACGACGCCGCGGGCGGCGCCGUGCCGAACCCUUCCGGGCUCUCCGCUCGCCGCUCGCCCCGGCCGCCGUUCGAAAAGCCGAACGGCGCCGAACCCCGGCGGCGUUUGACGGACGUGGCGGCGGAGAAUGGGGCGGGCGCGCGGGAGCUGGCGGCCAAGACGGCGGCGGUGGUGCCGCGGUCGCAGCGGCGGCACCAGCAGCAGCAGGAGGACCGCGCGGGCGGUCUGCAGAUCUUUAACCCCGCGCUGCCGCACAUCGUCCUCAACGCGUCGAAGAUCGCGCAGGGCGACCCGGCGUUCGCGCGCGCCGUGUUCGACGGCGCUCCGACCGCCAAGCAGGCCCGCGGGGGGGGAGCCGCCGAGGACGAUGCCACGACGGCCACCGCCGGCUCCGAACCCGCGCCGGCGCUCGUCGCGGCUCGCAACGGCCACCGCCGCGAGCGGCCGGCGACGGUCGACGACGACGCGACGGACGAGGCGGCUCCGGCGUUGGAUGACGCCGGGCGCAUGGACGGCGACCAGCACCUGCUGGCGGCGUUCGCGCGCUUCCCGUACCCGUCGAACCCCGUGUCUCCCUUCGCCGUGUGCCAGCCGGACGUUGCCUCCAAGCAGCCGGCCACGGGCGAGGGCCGCCCGCCGUCGGCGCUCGGCGCGGAUCAAGCCGCCGCCGCCGCGCCCGUCGAGCUUCCCGCCGCGUCGCCAGACGUUUCGGCGGCGCGAGCGCACGAGUCCUCCUCCUCGCCCUCGCCGCUCACCCUCGCCGCGUCGGCGUCCUCCGCGGCGUCGUCCGUCCGGUCGCCCUCUCCGUCGAUGGCGCCGUCGGCCUCCUCUUCCUCCUCCUCGUCGUCCCCGCCGCCGGAUCGCGCUCCCCCUUCCGUCUCGCCCGACGCGCCGGCGCCCCCGGGGGCGCCGUCGUCGCCGUGCCGGGGCGCUCGCGGGAAGCACAAGAAGAGCAAGGAGCAGCUGGCGCGGCUGAAGCGCAGCUUCGCGCGCGACCGCCGCCCGGACGAGGGCGAGCUGCGGCGCCUCGUGGGCGCCACCGGGCUGGGCCGCUCCGAGGUCAAAAAGUGGUUCAGCGACAGCCGCUACCACUGGCGCGACGGUGCCGGCGGCGACGGCCGCGCCAGGCCGCGGGGGCCGUCUGCGUCGCGGUUCUUCCAUCGGAACCUGCCGACCAUGUGCCCCCUGGAGUUCGCGGGCAGGAUGAGCAUCGUGGACUCACUCAACUGGGCGGCCGAGGCGCGGCACCGCCGGCCCGGGGAGGAGGGGGGGAUCGUCGUCGGCCAAGGUGGCGGCGGGGAAGAGAUGGCCGCCGGUGCCGCCGCAGUCACGGCCGUUGCCGCCGCGCGCGCGGCCGCCGGGGAAGAGCACGAGGAUGAGGAGAUGACGACGUCGACUGUGGCGACGGAUGGGUGCGAGAGCGCCGGCAAAUUUGACGUCGAGCGGCCGAGCGCGAAUGAGCGUAACGGCAACGAGGAGGAGCUGGCGGCGGAUGUCGCGGGCGUGGCCGCGCGCCGGCCCCCGCCGCUCGCAACGCUUGCCGGGAGUCCCGACGGGUGCCGAGGGGACCGUCCGGAGCCGGGCGGCGCCGGUGGGCGGGCGGCAGAGGAGGUGACGAAUGCGGACGAGGAGGAGGAGGCGCGCGGUUUCUACGGAGACGAGCCGGCUUCGCGACGGUGCCCAGCCUCGUCCCACGGCACUCGACGGCGCCCGGCCGGCCGGCGGGCCGCACCCCGAGCCGCGGGGCCGCUUGAUCGCCAAAAUAAAAUCCCUCGCAACGGCGGCAAUUACGAGCACGUGAAGCCCUUGCCGAGCGGCGAGAUCAGAGCGGCCCUGCGGGGUGGGUGCAGCGCCAGCGCACCCCCUGCACUCGCCGCACACUCCACAUACUCUGACCACACAGCGCACACCGUGCGCACCACACACACUGCACACACCACGCACUCUGCACCCUCUGCGCUCACCGCACACUCUGCACACGCCACACACACCGCAUACUCCACACACACCACGCACUCCGCACACUCUGCACACUCUGCACACUCUGCGCUGACCGCACACGCCACACACACCGCAUAUUCUGAACUUUCAGCGCACACCACACAGUUUAAAUACUCACACUUCGCACACCCCACACACUCCACACACCCCGCCCACUCUCCACACACCGUGCACUAUACACACACCACACAUACCAGUGCACACGAAGCGCACGCCGCACACGUCAGUGCACACGGCACGCACGGGGCACACGGUACGCUCGCCGCAAGCGCCACGCCGACGGACCGACCGCUCGACCGCGAGUUCACGCCGCCGCCGCCACCGCCCCUGGCGCCAUCGCCGCCACCGGAGCCGCACUUCGGGCCCGAGCGCCACCAGGGGCCGGGGUGCCCCGGCCUCCUCGACGCACCGGGAAGGAGGACGGCCGUGGUGAAGCCGAGCGUGCAGCGUCCCAAGAAGACGAAAGAACAGCUGUCGGUGCUCAAGGCGGUCUUCCAGCAGACGCAGUGGCCCACGCCGGAGGAGUACGCCGCGCUGGUGGCGCGCACGGGCCUGCCGCGCUCCGACAUCGUGCGCUGGUUCGGCGACACGCGCUUCGCCUACAAGCACGGGCAGCUGCGCUGGAUCCGCGGGCAACGCUCCGAGCCGGCGGACGGGCGAGCGGUGGCGGCGGCGCGGACGAGACCGGCGCGUGGGCGCGGGUCGAGGCGGCACGACGGCUCGCCGGCGGCCGCGCUCGGCGCGCGGCUCGCCGGCGAGUUCCUGCGGUCGCCCGACGGGCACGGUGGCGGCGGCGGGGGGGGCGGCUGUUACGAUUCCGCGGAGCGCGGGAAAGCGGCACUGUACAGGUUCCAGGUGGACGCGCGGGCGUCGUACGCGGAGCCGGCGCUGGCGGAGGAGGAGGAGGCCGGGGGUUGCGCCGGUCGCCGCGGGGAAGGCAACGGCGCCGGGGAACGGCGCUAG